AGAAUCAUUGCAAAACAAAACAAGAUGCAAAAUACAGAAUUAAUUCUGGCAAGAUUGUUUUACCUUUGUCUGAAAAGAACGGAGGGUGGUGCCUUGUACGUAUAACCCUCACCUCUCACUCUCACUGACAAGUUAGUCCCACGGUGCAUUGAGAGAGGAAGCCCCACCAUUCGUGAGAGCUCGGUUGGUCGCCGUUUCUCUUCACGCGCCGCCGGAGAAGCCCUAACGUCUCGACGCCGGCCGGCAACCGGAGCGGCUGCGGUGCGAUGGCGGUGUGCUCGGAGCUGGUGGGGCUGCAGCACGUCGCGCCCUCCCGCUUCGUCUCAUUCUCCUUCCCCAACCCUCUCCUCCACGACGCCUCCAACCCUUACGGCGACGGGGCGGAGCUCCUCCGGGUGGCCGUCCUCGACGCUCCUCUCCCGGCAUCCCCAUCCCCGCUCGCCCCGCGGACGGCGGCGAUGCUCGUCCCGGCCGGCCGGCACCGGGACUGGAUCUUCUCCACCCGCGCCGGGCAGCUCCACCUCCUCCUCUCCUCCCAGACCCAUUCCCCAUUCUCUCGUCUCGUACUCGUCGGCCCCGAGCUCUCGGCGCCUUCGCCCCCGGUCAUCUCUUGCGCCGCCGCUCGCCCGGACCCGGAUCCGUCUCACGCGCGGCUCCUCCCCCUCCUCCGGGCGCUGUGCCCCAGGGCUGCGUUUCGGGACAAUGCCAUCCCUGAAGUCCCACUGCUCUCCUUCCACGAUGACCUCCUUCGGCUUGUUCCUGUCUAUGCCGUCACCGGUCCUGCCGUCGGCGACAUGCUUGUCGAGGAUGUGGCCGUGGACUGCGCUCCUGGUCCGGCAGAGUUGCGCCGGAGGUUGCGGUUCAAGCGCAUGCCAUGCCUGGUACAGACUCAGGUGCGCCUUGCCCGGCCAUCGCCUGCUGUUGCUUCUUCUUCAUUGUUGGAAGCAUUGGAGGAGCAGGGGCCUGGUAGUUCGUUACAGCCACAGGUGGGGGGACUGUUAGUCCAGCCUUACCUCCAGGCCAUGGUUGCUGGUCUCGCAGUUAUCGCCCCAUCGGUGGAGGAGAUUGUUCGAUCAGGUGCAAGGCCAAGGUGUCUUUGUGCUGGCGUUGGUGGUGGAGCUCUUCCAAUGUCCAUCAGAACUGGACUUUGCUUUGAAGUACUUGGCGUCGAGGCUGAUCAUGUUGUCCUAGAUGUCGCAAGGAACUAUUUUGGUCUGGUGGAGGAUGAGUUCCUUCGUGUUCGUGUUGGCGAUGCUAUUCAAACCAUCCAGGAUUUUGCACGUCAAGGGGAGCCUGCUAUGAAUUUCAGUGCAAUUAUGGUGGAUCUUGACUCCUCUGAUGUUAUUUGUGGUGUCAGUGCGCCGCCGUUGGAGAUAACCCAUAGAAGCAUCAUUCUUGCUGCACGCAGAAUUCUGCAUCAUCAUGGAGUGUUGGUACUGAAUAUAAUCCCUGCUGCUAAUGAUGGAUCCUUCUACAGAGCGCUGAUUGAUGUUCUUCACCAAGUUUUCUCUGAGUUUUAUGAAAUAGAUGUUGGUAAUGGCGAGAAUUUCGUUCUUGUUGCCACUGUGUCACCCACUGAAAGCACCCUCACUGAUAGUUCAGGACAUUUUCUGACAGAAUUGAGGAAAUUAGCUGGAGAAUUUUUGGAACAUAUAAGAAAAAUUGACAUCCCAAGUUGUUAACCAUUGCUGUUUGAAGUACCCCAUAAGAGCGGCUGUUCCAAAAUUAUAUUUCUGGGUCUUAUAUACAGUGCUGAGGCGAUGUAUGUAUUAGAAUUGACAAUACAGUUCUAUUGUCAAAUCAAGAGAGCCCAUUCGAGCACAACCACUGUACUGUUCGGUUUGCUAUUGCAGAUAGCUGAGCUAUUUUAGUGCGGUACAAACUGACAUUUGCUGCUGUACUUCAGAUCACAUUUAAAUGGAUAAUUAUCUGAGCAGCAUAAAGUCUUCCCAAGCUGAGUACUAGGUUCACCGACAAAUUUUGGAAAAGGUGAGAUGAAAACUGCCUCAUACAUAACUUCUUCAAGUUCAUUUCACAUCCAAGAGCUGUGGAGUACCCUCCUUUUGCAACUUUGGUACCAAUCCAUUGCAAGUGAAACAUGUUCACAGCUUAGGCAGCAAGCCAGAGUACAGCAAGAUCAUCUCAAAGUGAUAUGAUAUCAUCUUUAUCCCUCAUCAAAUGAUGGGUGUAUAUGCUCAUGAAGAUUGUUCAGUACAUCGAAAAAUCUCCAUUCCAAAAGGAUUAACCCAUAGCAUAUUUCUUCAAGUAACACAAUGUAUAUCAUAUUAAAUUGACUUCUCCCUCCCCCCCCCCCCUUUUUUUUCUGCCUUUUAGGCUGGAAUUACUGUUAGUUAGGUGUUGACAACAAGAUCCAAGGUUGAUGCAUAUUACAUAAUAUAGACCCA